UUUAUCAUCCUAGCUUUUGCCAUUAUCGGUUGCGCCGCCGCCCAGUUCGAUUCGGCCACACAAGGUCCCAACCCACAGGACAUCGCCACACCGGAACCCGAAUAUAUCGACAUCGAUGAACCGCUGCCCGCACCAGCCGCCCCCAUCCAAACACAAGCGCGCACCAGCUUCAUUCCCGCAGCACGUCCCGUUGCACCACGUCCCAUUGCCCAAGCCAUCCCUAUUGCGGCGCCAUCUCUCAUACGCGCACCCACUCAAUCGUAUCUGCCACCCGGCAGCAGCUACGCACAAGGCGGACACAUUUUCAACCCACAAAGCGGUUACCAAUACAGACAAGUGCGCAGACGCGUCGUCUACCGUCGCCGUUAUUAG